GUAAACGAUCUUCCUCCGCCCAGCGGCUCGUCUUUGCGACCCGGCAACAUGGCGGACAUGACAGACUUGUUCGGCAGCGACGCGGACAGCGAGCCCGAGCAGAAAGAUUUUGAUUCCAGAUCUGGAUCGGGCUCGGAUUCUGAGCAGGAGCAAGCGGCGUCGGAAAGCAAUCCUUCCAGGAGCGAGAGUGAAAGGGAAGACAGAAAUGAGGAUGAAGAUGAGAGAGAAGCUACUAAACCUAGCAAUAAAGAGCUGUUUGGGGAGGACAGCGAGGACGAAGGCUCGAGACACAAUGGAAGUGAAGACAUGUCCGAAAACCAGUCCAUCGCUUUGGGGCAGUCUGACCAGGAGGACGUUCAGCAUUCGGAAACAGAGCAACACAGUGGCUCAGAAGAGCAGCAGUUUGAAAAUGAAGAUGACGAAAAUGUUUCUGAUGCAGAGAGCAUGCAUUCGGACGCUGGCAGCGUUCGCUCCGACGCCGGUAGCGUGCACUCGGAAGCCGCAAGCGUUCACUCAGAAGUUGGAAGCGUGCACUCGGAUGUCGCAAGUAUCCGAUCCCACUCCGAAGUUGGUAACGUCCAUUCAGACGCUGGCAGUGUCCACUCCCGAUCCGAUGCCAUGAGCAACCACUCGCACUCUGAUGCUGCCAGUAACCAGUCGGACGCUGAGGAAUCUGGAAAGGAGGUGCACUCUGAGAAUGAGAAGUGGGAGCGGGCUUCCAGGAGUGAUCAAUCUGACGAAGAGGAAAAAACUCACCAUUCAGAAGAGGAGCAGCAACUAUCAGAUGAAGAGCAAGAACAUAAAUCAGUUGCAGGAUCUGCAAGAGGUAGUGACAGUGAAGAGGAAAUAGUUCGACACAAGGCAAAAAAAUUAAUUGCUUCGGAUUCUGACUCCGACAGCAAUAUAAAGGAUAAAGAUAAAAUAGAUGGAGAUGAUCUUUUUGGAGGUGCAGAUGAUAUUUCAUCUGACAGUGAAGGUGAGAAACCUCCCACUCCAGGCCAACCUGCAGAUGAGUAUGACAUGGAUCAUGAUCAUGCAGAAGAAGAACCAAUUUCAGAGACACGGAUAGAAGUAGAGAUUCCCAAAGUGAACACUGAUUUAGGGAGUGAUCUAUACUUUGUUAAACUGCCUAACUUCCUCAGCGUGGAACCCAGACCAUUCGAUUCUCAGUACUAUGAAGAUGAAUUUGAAGAUGAAGAAAUGCUGGAUGAAGAGGGUAGAACAAGACUUAAAUUAAAGGUGGAAAACACAAUUCGCUGGCGAAUACGCAAGGAUGAAGAAGGAACUGACGUUCGUGAAAGUAAUGCGCGAAUAGUAAAAUGGUCAGAUGGAAGUAUGUCUUUGCACCUGGGAAAUGAAGUGUUUGAUGUCUACAAGGCCCCACUGCAAGGGGACCACAAUCAUCUCUUCAUUAGGCAGGGAACUGGUUUGCAAGGUCAGGCAGUCUUCAAAACCAAGCUUACGUUCAGGCCUCAUUCCACGGACAGUGCAACACACAGAAAGAUGACUCUGUCUUUGGCAGACAGAUGUUCAAAAACCCAAAAGAUUCGAAUCCUUCCUAUAGCUGGCAGAGAUCCCGAAUCCCAGCGUUCAGAAAUGAUAAAGAAAGAGGAGGAGCGUCUCAAAGCUUCUAUUAGAAGAGAAUCUCAGCAACGUAGAAUGAGAGAGAAGCAGAGCCAGCGAGGUCUGAGCUCCUCCUACCUGGAACCUGAUCGUUACGAUGAGGAGGAGGACGGCGAUGAUACCAUCAGCCUUGCAGCCAUCAAAAACAAGUUCAAAGGAGGGAUCAGAGAGGAGCGCGCCCGUAUUUAUUCCUCUGAUAGCGAUGAAGGGUCUGAUGAUGACAAAGCACAGAGGCUCCUGAAAGCCAAGAAGCUUGACAGUGAUGAGGAAGGUGGAAAUUCUGGAAAGAGAAAAGCGGAAAAUGAUGACAAAGCUCCCAGCAAAAGAGCAAAGAAGUAUGUGAUUAGUGAUGAAGAGGACGAUGAGUGAGAUCGCCAGAGUCGGCUGGCUUGUGUCAACAAACAUUAACUUGUACAGUUAUUUUGUAAGUAGCUAUGUUGUCUGAAUUUUUUUUUUUGGGAUGACUUUGGUAAUCAUUUGAAAUUUGGUGAUUCAUGUAUGUACCAAGAUUUAAAAAUUAAAUCUUUUAUAUAAAUAAA